AGACACCAAAUAAUAAAAGGACUAUGGCUGAUUGGCCUUCUCCUUAUCUUAUCUGCGACUGGUGAGGACAUGCACUGAGCAGGGGCAAAUAUACUAAACAAGAAUAAAAUGAAGCGACCGCCCACAUUGCCGCCAAAAGUAUCACCGACUCACCGAUAACUAAAUAUAUUAAAUAAACAGUAUUUUUUAUAUAGAGUUUUGCCACCUCAAUCAGCUGAUGCCAUGUGUACAAUUGCAAAGCCAACAAAUGCCACGUGUAUCAUUACAUCGCACUAUUCUACACUUAGCACGUGUCAUAAAGUUGCCACGUUCCUCUGUAUCUAUCAUUUUUCACGUUAUAUAUAAUCUUGCUCAAAAAUGUAAUCAAGUACUGCGAAUAAAUUAAGAAGAAGUAGCUAGCAGAAGUUUAUGAAAAGAUGAGCCAAGAACAACCAAGGAGGCCGCAGCAAGAUGAAGAUCCGAUCAGAUACGGCGACGUAUUCAACGUCUCCGGUGAUCUAGCAUCGAAGAGUAUAGCACCGGAAGAUGCUAACCUGAUGCAGAGCGCUGAAACUAUGGUGUUUGGGCAGACUCAGAAAGGCGGAGUAGCUGCUGCCAUGCAAUCUGCUGCAACUCUGAACGAGAGAGCUGGUAUCGUCGGUCAUCGUGAUGCUACUGAUGCCACUGCACAAGGUGUUACUGUUACUGAAACUCAAGUUCCCGGUGCUCGCAUAAUCACUGAAAAAGUUGCCGGACAGAUUGUUGGGCAAUCUGUACAACCUAGUCCAGGGGCGGUCGGCCUGACAGCAGGGACUGUGCAGAAUGUAAUUACAAUAGGAGAAGCACUAGAAGCAGCAGCACAUACAGCUGGUAACAAGCCAGUAGACCAGAGCGAUGCUGCGGCUAUUCAGGCUGCCGAGGUCAGAGCAACCGGCAGCAAUGUGAUCAUCCCAGGCGGACUCGCAGCCACGGCUCAGUCUGCAGCUUCUUGCAAUGCAACAGAAAACCGCGAUGAGGACAAAGUUAAACUCACGGACAUCCUUACGGGUGCGAGCGCAAAUUUGGCGGCGGAUAAGGUGGUGACAAGAGCGGAUGCUGAGGGAGUGGCGAGUGCUGAGCUAAGGAACAGUCCGAAUCUGAGCAUGUAUUCGGGUGGUGUAGCAGAAACAAUCAUUGCAGCUGCGAGGUUCAACGAGAACGAUAUAUGAUCAUUUUGUUGUGGGUUAUGUAUUAGGGUAAUGGUUUAGGGUUUAUAGUUUACUUCUAGUCCAAGCAAGCGUUUCUAUUUGAAUUUCAAUGUGGUACACCUUAGUUUGAGUUGCUGUAUUGCGUGGCUAGUAAUAAUGAGUAAAUCUGGUUGUUAAUCAUAAUAAAAAUGUGGCUAUGUUUUAGGUCAUGGCCUAAAAUGGUUUCGGUUA